UGUUUACACAGAUUGACAAAUAAUAGCCUGCUGGUUGCUUCUCUGAAACAGCAGUGUGCCUGGAGGUGCAAGUGUACCUUUAAAGCCUGGCGAUGACGUUAAUAUUUCCUUGAUUCUAAUUGGGUAGCUUUCACUUCCUGUGUUUGCGAUGAAAUGGACGUGAGCAUGGCUGAAGAACCGUGGAAUAAAGUAAACAUUCCCUUUCCAAGUGCGGUUUCAACUGUCCAUAUACCAUUCGGUCUCUCAACAGGUACAUACGUAAAACGUAUCCUGGAGGAAAAUAACAAAGUGCUCAAGUUGCUUGGCAGUGGAGUCCUGCAGACUGAGAUCCUUGUCCUGUACGAGCUUCUCUACGUUCUCAAUAACAGCCUCAGGCAAAACAAGACUUUCAGGGUUCUCAAACAGGUUGAGCAAUGCAUAAACCGGUUGAAGGAAAUGAAGCUGGAUGCUGCUCUUCUGGACCUGAAGGAGCUAUGUCCAAAGAAAGUGCAAAGCAAGUUAGCUAUGGAGACGGGUCACUGUGAUGUCCCCAGUCAGCCCAUACUGGAAUGGCUUUGUCUCAAGGUGUUGGGAGCUGCCAGACUGAUGACAUGUCUGCUCAAUCACUGCACCAGAGCCUUCAUACUAGCAAGGCAGGACCUCCAAUCAAAGCAAUUCAUUACGUUGAACGUGGUGCUCACCAGCAUGCUUAGUCGACUGUGGGUGUUUUUCCGGGGGAUCCUGGGUAGGCUGGCCCCUCUCUACCAGCACCUCCUGGAGCUCCUGAAGGAGGUGUCCCAGGCUCAGGCUAUGGCCUUCCUCAUAGACUUCACCCUGCCUGCAGGGAUGGCAGAGUUCCUCGGGCCCUCUGACUCAUCCUUGUUGAAGAUGGAGCAUUCCCGGGCUCCUAAGGGCCUUGGAGGGAUAGGAGCCUCCAAGUCCUCUGUGCUCAACAGACUGUUCAGAGAGGAGGGAGAGGAGAGUAGGAAGCAGGCUCUGGGUGGUGCCGUCUCUGGAUUUGAUAUGAAGCAGUUGCUGAAACGAACCCAUGGCGGUAUCACAGAGGUGUCAACAGAACAAGAGCAGCCUUCAUUACUGGAUGCUGCUGUGAUUGGUCAGAAGAGGAAGUUUCUGAAGCAACUGAAAACAGCCACCACUUUCAGCAACAUGGCCGCCCACGUGGAGGAAGUGAUGCGAUGGUGUGAAUGCAGGAAGCUGCGUCAGGAGAAGGGGCGUCUGACGUUCCUGAACCUGAAGUGCCAGAGGAUGAAACGCCUGGAAUCAGAGGGCUGCAGUGUACAAGGGAAACUAACGCGCUACAAACGGGAGGUUUGCUGGGCCCUGUCACUCAGAGGGGCGGUACCCAGGACCUGUCAGUCGCUGAAAACACUGUGGAGGAGGGCUCACCCUAGAAUUUGCUUUCAGCCAUUCAGGACUGCAUUUGAACCAAUCACAAGUGCAUUCUGUGUCAACAGAAAACGGUCACUAAGACACAAGAGAAACAGGAGUAUUUUACCUGGCACACCGGGGGUGGUGGCCACGAUGACUGCUGACCAGUCCCUUAGCAAUGAGCUUAGCAACCAAAGUAGAGACACUCCAGCUCAGAAACCCUUAGAUCUGAACGAGACUAACAUUGAUGACAUUUUUGCCUUCAUAGGUUUCUAAGACUCCAAAACCCUGGCCUAUGGGAUAAAAGGGGUUCUCAGCGUUCAUGAUUUAAACAAAGAAAUCCACACAAGGUUUUCUUGGUUGCAUUUGUUUCAUCUCUGACAUCAAGUUACAAUUUUUUCACUGUUUCUAGACCUACAUCAGUCGCUUGCCUUAAGUUUUUCUUAAAGUAGCCUAUUAUUAAAAUGUUUUAGAAACGUGGUAUUAAACCUAUGCAAACCCUUACA